ACGGUUUGUAGCCCCUAUACCCGUUACAGGAAGUCGACUAGUACACACUGACUGUUUUAGCGAUCGUGUUUACAGGUGUUCUUGUGGCAACGUUAACCCAAACUUUAUCAAUAUGACCACUUCGCUAUAUAAAGGGCAGAUCCCAAUCCGCAUGAAAGGGAAAACAACAUGCAUUACUCAUACAGGAAUAAAAUUGGAUCUUUUCUGUCAAGACUGUAAACAGCUUGCGUGUAUGCGUUGCUUAUCUGAUGAACACAGGGGUCAUCUUGUGUGUGCUUUAAGUGAAAUUACUCAUCGUAAGAAAAAGGACAUUCAGAAAUUUAUGGUAAAAACUGAGAAUAUUGAACUUGUUCAAAUUGAUCGACACAUCAAUGCAACUGAAGAACAAUUAGCCGACAACGACAGCAGUUUCACAAAAUUUUCGCAGGACUUGAACAAGCAAACGGAAAAGCUAAAACAGGACCUCGACCUAAUUGCUUCGCAGACACUGUCCAGGUACCAAAAUAUGACAUCGGAUAACAAAAAGCUGCUAGAAACAUACAAAAACGAUCUAGAAAUCUACAAAACACAGCGAAUAGAACAAGUGCAAGCAUGCAAUAUAGCACUACAACGCGGUUGUAACAUACUCAUUUACGAUACCGCAGUUGAGGUCCGUUCUCUUAGAAGUGUCCCCCUCGAACCCAACCUUGGUACAUUGCACUUUACUCCAAAUACGAAUCCUCAUAAUCUUAUUGAGCUAGCUUUGGGAUUAGCUGGUACACCAGCAUCACAUCGUAGUACACUAUCAAAACAACAUCACCAGAAAACAGUUUCGGAAACCGCAUGUCAAUCUCAAGUUCAGCAAACGCUGUUUCGAACGUAUGUGGUUGAAAAACAGGAUUCCCCAUAUACCCAUGGUAUAAUGAAACGGAACACAAACGUAGAUCAGGAUCCGCCAUGCACUAUUGGAUUAAAACAGUCAGCUAAUCACGUGACUACAGUUGUUGACGAGUGGGAGUCGUCAUGCGCCAUUGGUUCCAUAUGCCCAGCAUCAAAUGGCCAGAUGUGGACCUGCUGCAGUACAAAGUCCACGUUAACACUCCUGGAUAGGAAUGGCGCAACAAUGAAGGAGAUUAAACAUUAUGCGUGUACAACCAACAUAGGUACGUCUGCCACUACAAACCAUCUUUGGGUUUGUGACGAAAAGGACAAUAUCUUGGAGCUUAUAUCAGAUAAACUGAUACAUAGAUUCGCCACCAAGGAUACCGCAAAAUGUAUAUGUAUAACAUCAUGUAAUCAUGUCAUUGUGGGCAUGAACCAACACAUCUCAAAGUUUACCACAAGAGGUACACUGGUUCGCACUAACUCAGGAUAUUGGAUGUCCCCAUUCAGAAUUGCAGAGUGCCCUGUCACCCAGAACGUAGCAGUGAUUGAUCGGGGCUGUAACACUUACGGCAAAGAUGGAAAAGCACAUGUUGUUAUCAUGGACGGAAAUUUUAAUAAGUUAUUUGAUUAUGCUGGUGAACUUCCAAAAACAAGCCUCCAAACAGCACAUAUCGGCUCUGAACCAUUUAGUCCGUUGAGCAUGGCAUAUGACAGUUUCGGAAACCUGGUAAUCGGGGACUGUGCCAACAACCUUCAUCUUCUCGUCAGUGGCCGUGGUGAAUUCAUCAGGAUCAUACACAAAGAUAUUGACUGCUCGUGGGCUGCUGGAGUGGACGAUAGGGAUAUCCUCUGGGCGGUGUUUGGCGGAUACCAUGUCAAACUGCUUCAGUACAGAAGUAUCUAAUGUGAAAACCGUUGAUUGAACAGAGGUGUAAUAGCUACAUGUAGAGUAAAUCCGAGAAUAGCGUGCAAUAUGGUUUGUUUAUCUUCCUUUUUAGUGUAAGUUUAUGUGUUCAAUUUACGUUUGGUUGCAAGUAGUGUUGAACAGCAGUUUGUGUAUUACAUAUUCAGGUGUAAGCGGUGUGUUGAUAUAAUGUAAAAUAACGUGUUGUUUCUCCAUCAUUUUGCGGCCUGAUCAAUAGGGACGUCUUAUUACUAAGGUGUUUGAUUAUAUUGAUGCUAUCUUUUUCCCAAUCGUGUAAAUGUCCCCUUCCUCAUAUUUCCUUAAUUCAUGUCAACUGCUGACGGAAAUGCUACAGCAGAGAAUUUCGAGAGAUACAGGUUAAUGAAAUGUAAGGACAAUUGUUUUGACUGGCAUCAUGCUCGAACUUGUUUUGUGUGGUUUGUAUUGUAGUUUAUAUGUCACUAUUCAGUUUUCCCUUUGAUGACGUGGCGCUAUUGUUAUUUGACCUAGAUUUACACAGAACACCUUAGCCUAUUUUUGCUUUUCCUUUUUAUUUUUAUUUUUCUUGAAAGUAGAUCUUUUCAUAUUUUGGCUUGAUGUUUUAUUUAUUUUUGACACUUCGAUAUUUUAUUUUAUCACAAGGAAGUGUGUUAAUCGUGUACCACAUGUUUGCGAGUAAGGUCGUUAUAACUUAUUACAGGUGGGGGUUCGGGAAAAGAAUACACCUGCUGUUACCCACUGCAUGUAUCGUACGAGGCGACUAAUGCCUUAACCCCCUGCAAAAUAUGGGAUUUGCUUUGUUGUCCUCGAGGUAUUUGGGGACACAAAAGCGACUUUCAUACAUAUGCUACACCCAUUGCAAUAUUUGGGAUCUUUUUCUUUCUUCUUACUUUUUACUUCCUUUUUGUUUCCUAGCACCUUUCUUGGCAGCACCUCACCUUUGGCCUAAAUGUUGAGCGUUCGCCUAGGUGAGGAAGGCAAUAUGUUCUGUCUCAAGGCCGGAACAUACCAAAGUCCUU